AUGAAUACCUCCGACACGUUGAUCGACUGCUGUAAAAAUUGGCCCAAGUAUCCCCGCCACUUACUACAACCGUGCCACAGACGGAGUGUACUUGAUGAUUACCGCGUGCGCCUUGAUAAACCAAAAAGGCCGCUCUUUGAUGCCAGCCAGGAAAAGAUCCAUUUCCUCGAGCCUCAGGGUUCUGUAUACGGUUGCAAGGAAACGACAAUUGCUAGCCCAGCUGAUCUCGAGAAGCAUCUCGGACAGAACAGUGAAGAUCCUCAUUACUGUAUGAUUUUCAUUCAGUCAAAGAAUUCGCGAUCUCCAUUGAAUUGUUCACAUCAUAGCUUCUGCUAUUUAUCGACCUUCUACCAAAUUCCAGCCAGCUUCCUAGAUCAUCUGUUUUCUUUCGGCCAGAACCCGGAACCUUUGGACUACCAUAUGACAGGCUUCAAUGGCUCCGACACCCUAGAUUCUCCCCAAAGCGACAUCGUCGAAAUUCCCAAGCUGGGGCGCUCUGGUCUGGAACACGUUAUGCAAUACCUCCUGCGCUCUGUUGAGUGGGAUGUAAAGCAUAGUGCCUGGAAGAUUCGCCAAAUGGCUGUGCACCACAAGUAUGACCUAAUUACUGGGAAAGCAUUUUGGCUCAACAUUAAAGCCAAUUCUAUUAUGCAAGAUAGGCUCAAGGAAUCGAUCGCUCAUGACCUAAAGUUCAACCCGACAUUAGCAAAAGGCUUGGCAUCGUCUUUCGCUGCCACUUUGAUGACACAUCUCGUGCAUAUCGAGUGGUGUGAUGAGUCCUGGCGACAGUGCAUCAAUGACCUGGAGGAAAAGAUACGCGCUGUUCUGCAAAAAGCAAAAACAGCGUCCGUCGGUCAGCAGCCUGAUUUACCUGCCGCUGUGAAAGCCUUGACCAGCAGAAAUGAUACUACAGCAUUUGGCGCACCGGAAAAGCCUACUUCGCCGAGCCCUGCAUGUUUCAAUCCUUACGAAGCUAUUGGAAAGCCACUCACAUCGUAUCUGCAGUCAGCCCUUGGCAAACCGUCGCCAAAAGCGCAUGCGACCCCCUUGCUCCCUCUGGCCCACAAGACCGCUGCGGCCCCAGUGUCCGAGACCGACGAUAAUCUGGCCAAGCGUCUCAAGAGCCUCAAAGCACUCGAGGCAUUCUCUGUGGAGGAUCUGCAGCUUCUGCAUUAUCUCGGUGAACAGCUGGAGAACUUUCGCUUAGUGAUGCUGUUGAACCGCCAGACAUUGCGAGACAUCUCUGAGCACUACCAAGACCUGACAGCCCGAGACAACUUCCCCCCAGCGCAGAAAGCAGAGUGCGUGCGGAGCGUGGCUUCAUUGGUGCGGCGAGUGGAGCGCGUGAGGAAAAACCUGGAAAUUCGGGUUACACAGAUUGAAUCACUGCGGGCUUGGCUGCAGGAGGGAAAGACACUGCUUGAGGGAAUACUGCAGUAUCGCAGCGUUCAGGUUAGCCACAUUUUCACCGAAAGCUCUCACAGCCAGUCGGCCAAGAUGGAGCGCAUUGCAUACAAGACAGAACAAGAAACGAUCUCGAUGCACGUUAUAACGUGUGUCACACUUGCUUUUCUGCCUGGCACAUUUGUGGCUGCUGCGAGCGAUGUCCAAGGCGCUGUCAGCUUCCAUCCGGGAGCCUUCAAGCUUUUCGCUGCAAUAUGUUUUCCUUUAAUGUUCCUCACAUUUGUCCUCUGGGUGGUUUUGUUUAAAUUCCUGGCAAGUCGAGCGAGGAAAGGAGUGAUGGAGGAUAAUGUUCAAAUUGUUUGA